UAUACAUCUUAAGAGAAAGAGAACAAAUGAGCGGCGAAAACGUAUUGAAAAAUCGUAAGGAAAACGACUGUUUCAAAAAGAGAACAUGUUCUUUACCAAUACCUUGUGAGUCUAUUCCGAAUGCCAAAAGAGUUUCUUUAAGAAUAGAGGACUCAGUUGAAAAAUUAAAUAAAGGGAAGCGAGUUUCAAAAGAGGUCUGGAGAGUUCUGAAAAUUCUUCUUUUUGCGACUUGUUCAACAUUUUACUUGAGUCAGUCGAUGGAGUUUUAUAAGCGCUUCUGUGAAUACCCCACCACGACAAGCAUGGAAGUGAUCAACCCUGAAUUCUACAAGAUGCCCGCGGUUACCGUCUGUCUUAGAAAUUUGAUCAAGAGAUCUAAAUUUUGUGCAGAAAAUCCCGACAAUUGUGAGAAACCAAGAAAAAGGAAAUUAUUUUGUAAAAAACAUCCAUAUAUGUGUAAGAAAAAUGUAGCAAAUUUAAUGAUUCCAAUUCUUGGCUAUCACACUAUUCAAUCAGGUUACCUGAGCUGCAAAACUGCAGAAUAUAUCCAAGAAAUGCUGUUUCAUGGAAUUCAGAAUAACUCUCUUCCUUCUGGUCUUCCCUGGCAGAAGUGGAAGACUACAUACGUGUAUGAUUACGAAGCACAUCUGUAUUCAAGGUGUUAUUCUGACAAUCUUCAUAUUUCAAGCGAUGAAAAGGCUUUUGAAAAGAAGCUUGAUGGAAAUUCUCAUGAUCCUCUACGUUUCAGUCUUAAAGAACAAACUCCGCUAUCAAUUGUGCAAAUUCACCAUUUUGUCAUCAAAGUAGAUAGAAAAGAAUUGCUUUUUCCAUGGCUACAGAAUCAAGCAGCUAUUUUCUUGCACUCUCCUUUUGUACCUGUCAACCCUUUUGUCCUUGGAAAGCAAUUGAAACCUGGGCACGAAUACAACAUAUACCUGAAAAUGAAUGAAGAAAAGCUUUUACCGCACCCAUUCCCAACCAACUGCACAGACUACGAGGCACUCUGGCAGAAAAACAACAGGACUGGACCGCGUUCCAAAGAAAUGUGUCAAGAACUGUGUGUCAAGAUGUCUAUGACAAAAGCUUGCGAGGCUCGACAGACUAUGCUCAUGAAUCCAAAAGAAAUCUGCAAUACAAUGGGUUGUGGAAACGUGAGAUUCUUUCUUAACCAAGAUGAUGAAUUUCUUGAAAAUUGCAUGGCGAACUGUCGACCAAGUUGCUUGAAGAGGAAAUACCAAUACACUGUAGAGGACGUCAUUCCUGAUGAAAUUUCAGGACAGAAAAGAAGCACUAUACCAGUCAAUAUUUUCCUCAGUGACCGUGACAUUACUGUUAUAUCUCAUAAUCAAUUGUACGGCGCUUGGGAUUUGUUCAGUAAUAUUGGAGGCCUGAUGGGUUGUUGGUUGGGCAUAUCGGUCUGGACGCUCGUCGGCAUCGCUGAAGCAACUUACAGCAAGCUUAUUGUAGUUCUGAAGAAAAUGUGGCAGAAGUUAGAUUGUCGUUCAUUAAAUGUUCGUUGGAAGUGCAACCAUCAAAUAAAGAAGACUUCAUCUAUCACAAUUUCUGGAAGAUCACCCACAGAAUGUUAGCUUGGCGAUAUUAAAUCACAAAUGAUGCACUUACACAUUGGGAAGCAUAAAAUAAUUGUGUAUUCGUUACCGCUUCCAAAUAAAAUGCAACCAACUCGUGUAUAUUUUAUAUACGAGUUGCAUACUUUUAUGUAUUUAUACGUAUAUAUUUUAAAUUUCGUUCCAAUUCAGAAUACAAUUGAUGACUGAGUGGAUAUUUCAUGGCUAAACAGUUGCAAUACAUUUAUUAAUUGUCUAAUGAAUGAUUAAUAUUUUCAUAAUUUAAGCUUUUUGUAGUUUUAUGAAACACAUUACAUGCGAGAAAUGCAGCACGGAAAGAAUGAUCACAGAGUGAUACAAUAGUAAUCUCUCAAUGUACUUCAUUUUAUCGACAAGAGCA